CAAUACAGCAAAUUUUGUGUUGUAUAACACAUUUUCUUUGUCUGAGAAAAAAGUUGGAAAACAAGCAAGAAAGAAAGAAAGACAAAUAAACACGACUAGGACAUUCGGCUGUACAUGUCUAAUGUUGUUAUUGUAAUAUUGAGAAUAAUGGAGGCUCAGAGUCCCAUGAUGUUGCAGUAUCCACACAUGAACCUGUGAGGGGCAGCACCGCGACCAGAAGACCUGGAAAAUGGCGGCUGGAAGUGCAGGCGUUAGCGGCCACAAUAGUGGCUCAUCGCCGCGCUUGGAGUCUACUUUGGACCGUCGCUUUCAGACUGUAUCCAACACCAUGGAAUCCAUUCAGGGACUAUCCGUCUGGUGCAUCGAGAACAAGAAAUAUCACAGCGUGAUCGUGAGAUACUGGAUGAAGUGGCUGCGCAAAUCGGAUGCGCCACACAGGCUUAAUCUCUUCUACCUGGCGAAUGAUGUCAUUCAGAACUGUAAAAGGAAAAAUGCCAUCGUCUACCGCACCACCUUUACUGAUGUGCUGCCAGAAGCUAUGAAGCUCAUCAGUGCCACAAAGGAUUCUAAGGUGAACAGGGCAGUGGCGAGGAUACUGACCAUUUGGGAAGAGAGAAGUGUCUAUUCAGAGGAGUUCAUCAGUCAGCUGAAGAACAGUUUGGUUCAGAAAGAAGAACCAGUGAAAGUUUCAGUUCCAGUCAACUCCAAAUCUGCCCUGAAAUCCAAGAUUGUUGCGGAGUUUGUGCCCACAGCAUUUAUCGAGCAUCUGUCCAAGUACAGGAAGUCCAUGGAUGAGAUUGAGCUCAAAGAGAAGCAGUUAGCUGCAAUGAGAGUGGAUGUGUGCAGCACAGAGGCUCUGAAGAAACUGAAAGACAAGGCAGGAGGUAAAAGGUUUUCUAAAGACUUUGAAGAUGGGAGUGCAAAGCUUCAGGAAUUUGUUUCCUUUCUGGAUGGAGAGGUCAAAAAAGGCCCUCCAUUGAUGGAAGCUCUGGAGAAUGCAGAUAUAUUUUAUGAGAUGCAAUAUAAAGAGGUCAAGGUUGUGGCUAAAGCCUAUGAGACAUUUGCAAACCGGGUGUCACACCUUAAGCGCAAGCUCGAUGCACUGAAGAAUAUGUUGCCUGAUCCAGAUGACUCCCCCAUUCCCUCCCCGAUUGAAGAUGCUCCUUCACCCACGGGCUCUGAGUCACCCUUCCACGCUCUGGAAAGGAUUGGUACCCCAGACCCAGAGCUGGAUGGGCAGGCAAUGGAGGAGGACCUCAUUGCUUUGGCUGACGCUCCCAGCCCUCUCUCAUCUGUCGGGGGUUCCUCACCACCAAGUGCCCCUUUGGGAGACAAAGACAAUCGUGAUGUAGAGGACAUGGACCUCUCGGAUGUUGAGGAGACGGAAGCACCUGCCAUCAUAGUUGAGGAACGAGUGGCCUCUGCUGUUGUGUCCAAACAGUCCACUGUCACCCCAAAUGCCAUAGAAUCCUUACCAACAAAUGAAGGCACACAAACAAAGCAGAUUGCAACCCCAGCAGUGACUGUUCCCUCAGUAGAAACAACGACAACAACCACCACCGCCACCACCACACCAACCACACCAUCGCUGCCAGUGAACCUUGUUGGUGUUGACCUAGGCAAGAUCAGCUCCAUCCUCAGCACAAUCACAAAUGUUAUGAAGAACUCAGCUGUAGGAGUUAGUCCUGUAUCUCGGUCUUCCCCAAGUGUACCUUCUACUCCAAGCUCAACUCAAAAGACUCCCACUCCCACUACUACCCCUCCAGCCAAUCCACUGGCCAGCAUCCUUUCUAGGGUGGACAUCAACCCCAACACUCUGCUCAGUGCUCUAUCGAAAACACAAACCCAUGGGGGUUUUCAGGGUCUGUCCUCUUUGCUAAACAACCCGGCUGCAAAGACCACCACAACUUCGAAUUCUGAAAAGCAAUCCCUAAACACACCUAUUCCAGCAGAGACUCAUACAUCUCCUAAAGUCUUACCUACUCCAUCUAGUCUCCCACUGGCUAGGGAUCCCACCUCUCAAGGAUGUGUAGCUCCUACGCCUAUGCAGUCCAAUAUAGCGAAUGAGAAAGUAACUCCGAGCUCUUCUCUCAGCUCUACCUUGGACUGCAAAAUUGAUAACUUCCUGCAAGUUCACCCAGUACUGAAAGGCAUUAAUUUGGGCUUUCCAUCUGUACUGACAUGGCCUAAAGGAGCUGUUGAUAGCCCUUCAGCAAGUACAGAAAACCUUGGUGGAACCCCUGUAAGGGAUGAAGCUGGUGCUACACCAACGCAAGAUGAAAUUAUGGAUGUUCCUCAAUCAGAGCUGUUUCCAUAUCAGCAGGGGCAAACGAUGCCUAUUUCUACAACUUUGGAUGCUAAAUCAACGUGUCCGCUUCCAUCUUGGCAGGAACAAAAGGCUCACGCCGAUCCACAAGCUCAUACGGACAUGCACCAGAAGAUUGCACCAAAAAAAGACUUCCAAAACUCUGUGCCCUCUCUUGCUGCAGCAGAAGCUAUGCGGCAUCAACGCAUCGAAGCAAUGCGUUCCACUUCUUUGUCCAGCAACCAGCAACCUUUGAGUGUAGAAGCCACCGAGAGAUCCGGUGUGAUGCUUCAAGAGCUGAGACAGAACCCCUUAAUUCGUGAUGUGGGACCAAAUUCUAAAAUAGUGGAAGGUAGCUAUGCAUAUCGAGAUGAUCAAGAGAAGCAAAUAUUGGCCAGCUCUGAUGCAUACGGUGCAGAGCCGUACCUUGCCAAAGAACCAAGACAGGAUCUUGCUGCACCUAACUUCUUCACCACACCUCUGCCACCGAUCCCAAAGCUUCCUCCUCCACCACAAGACUUCAUGCAUCCAGCAUCUUCGAGAGCAAGCGGUCCUCGUCCCACCAGAGAUUUGCAGAAACCUUUUGGGGAAGCAGAACGAGGUAGUGUUGAUGGAUCGUAUGCCCCAGCAAACUCUGAUUAUGAACACUUGUCUCAUGAGGUUCCAAACAAGGAGCCUUUUCAUCCACAUGGGGAUGGGGCCUCUCAGUCUGCUCAUGCACCGCACCUUGCUCCUAAAAUCCCACCGAAUGGUCCAGUGGACUACAACCACAGACAUCCACCAAGAGUACCUCUGCAGCACCCUCCAAGUGCACCCCAUCACUGCAUUGGGUCUCCUCCUUCAGUAAGGGGUUACCAUGAAGCCUCAGGUCCUCCUCGACCUUUACCUGAAGAUCCAUACUUUGACCCAUGCUAUGAACAACCACCACGUAGCCCCUCUCCCCCUCAUUAUGACAUGCACCCGAUUUCACCUCAUGCACAAGAGUAUUAUCCUGAAGAAAUCCCACCUCACUACCCAGAUCACAGGGUUCCUCCUCACUUGGAGCACAGGCCUCCACCACCACAUCAUAUUCGUCCACCUCACCCUGGGCACUAUCCAGCUCCUAGGCCCCUUCGUAGGCCACCACCGGUCCGUCAUGAGCCGCCCUUUCCAAGGGGCAAACGACCUGGCCCACCGUUUGGUGGACCUCCCAGAGUCAGGGGCCCCUUUUAUCCCCCUAAAAGACCCUUCUUGCCUCCGCAUUACUGAAGUGUGUCUAUGCUCAGGUGUUUAGUGCAUGUCACAGAGAGCAAGUAAAGAAGUCCAAGUGCAGAUGGGUUAUCAGCAAGACAAAGAUUGCUGUGGACAAUGACACGAAGGGGAUGAUGUUGAACACCAUCACAAGAUCACAGUAGAGAAGUGCAAAUUUAUCCAAGUAACCAGGGGCAUGGAAUCAGAUCGCCAAAAACUCUUGAGCAAGAUCUGUUCUUUUCCAACAAGAAGUCAAGGAGCACUGGAGCAGAGAAAUGGAAAGAAUAUCUGGCAAGGAAUGCUGGGGGAAUGAGAUGGAAUCUGAAGGCAGACAAAACAAGAGGUGCUGAGGUGUACAGAGACAAGCGGUUUUUGCCAACAAAGGCAGAAGAUGCAGAAGAAACGAAGUUGUCGGGCAGAAUCAUCAUGGCCUCCCUCAGUUCCCUGAGGCUUUUACUGUACUGACAUAAAUAAAGAUGUGUUUGGAAAAAAACCACUGUGCCAGAGUGCAGUCUCAACCAUGAUGUCUGAGUCUUUUCAUCUUAGUUGCUUCAGUGACUGUUUUCUUUGCUUUUCACAGUUUUGCGAACACCUUUCAUUCAUCAAUAAAAUACGAUCAACAUUAUACGCAGAGAUUUUAUUGUAGCUAAAUGGCUGGAACUCAUGUCGACUAUUUAUGACUGAAAUUUGUCCUACACCGUGUUCUAGAAGCACAUUUAAUGUACUUCUCAAAUCAUUAGUGUUUGAAUGGGUAAAUGUAGGCCAUUUGCAAAAACUAUAUAACUGCAAACUGUACAAAGCAUAGCAUGAGUUAUCAGAAUUAAGUAUAUGCAGUCAAUUCAAGCUAAAUUUUCACCUCCUCACUACAGUGCGUUCUGUGAUCGA